UAACCCUCCCUCGUGGCUUUGUUUACAUGCCGAGUCGCGUCGAGACAAGUCGCUGACACGUUCGCCCACACAAACCCUUCAAAUAACACAAGAAAAAGAAAAAGAGAGCAAAAGAUGAGCAGCAAGAGGAAAGGCUACGAGAGCACACAGAAGCCCAAUGGAGAUCUGUGCGAGUUUUUGCUGGAACUGGCAGACUAUGAACGAAAUGUAAAUCGCAACAUUCACAAAUACAAUGCUUAUCGGAAUGCUGCGGCUGCUCUAGGAGAGUAUCCUACGCGUAUUAAGGAUGGCAACGAGGCUAAAAAGAUCAAAGGUAUCGGCACAAAGAUUGCAGACAAGAUUGAAGAAUUUUUGAAUACAGGGAAAUUAACGAAACUGGAGAAGAUUCGUGCGAGCGAGACCAACGUCGCCAUCAACCUGCUCAACCGCGUGACGGGCAUCGGACCAGCCAAGGCACGGGAGCUCGUCAAUGAGGGAAUUCUUAACCUAGAGGACCUCAGGAAAAACCAAGACAAACUGAACCAUCAUCAGAUCAUCGGACUAAAGCACUUUGAUGAUUUUGAAAAGCAGAUACCAAGAGAAGAAAUUAAGAGAAUUGAGGAUGUCAUAAGAAAGCAGAUCAAUGAGAUUGACACGAAGUACAUCAUUACAAUCUGUGGGAGCUAUCGCCGAGGUGCCAAGAGCAGCGGUGACGUGGACGUUUUGCUGACUCACCCUGCCUACACCUCAGACACGGAGAAACGGCCAGAUCUGCUGAAGAAGGUCGUGAAUCAGCUGAAGGAGAGCCAGCUGAUCACCGACACCUUGUCGUUAGGAGAUAUCAAGUUUAUGGGCGUGUGUCACCUGGAGCAGGACCUCCCCUACCGACGUCUCGACAUUCGAUUGUUGCCGCACGACCAGUACUUCUGCGGCAUUCUGUACUUUACGGGUUCAGACAUCUUCAACAAAAACAUGCGGGCACAUGCGCUGGAGCAGGGAUUCACACUGAACGAGUACUGCAUUCGACCCAUAGGCAGCACAGGUGUUGCUGGAGAGCCCCUGCCGGUGUCGAGUGAGCGAGACAUUUUCGACUACAUAGACUAUGAUUACAAGGAACCCCAUGAAAGAAAUGUAUAGCAUGGGGUAUAAGCCAGAUAUUUGCGAACGUGUAUACUUUCCUUAGACAUGAUUUUUUUUUUUUGUGAUGUUCUUUCUGACAACCUCACUCUUUUCUUUUCAUGGUGUUGAGUGUAGCUUAUAAAAUCACUUUCAGUACAAAAAGUUGCUUUGAUACAACUUUCAGGAACACUGCAUGAUGUCGGCUUCGAUAUUUGUUUAAUGCCUGUAGUAUAAUAGGAAGUCUAAGUUAUGUGAUAUUUAUUUUUUUAGCGAGUAUUUUUUUUUUUUAGGACGACCUUCUGGUAUAAAUUUUAGAUGUAAUUUAUGCUUUCAAAAAAAAAGGGUUGUGUAUUUGUCAAAUAAUGUUUGGGGAGACGCUCUAGUUGACAACAUAUAAGACAAAGAAAAGAAAAAAGAAAGAAAAAAAGAAAAAAGACCCAGGUUCUUAUAUACAAAGGUGUGUACACUUUUCAUCCUCAGAGGAUUCUAUAUACAGUCAGAUAUUAUAAGUCAGAAAUGGGAUGCCUUAAAUGUAAAUGUAAUCCAGUUUUUCUAAAAUUUAUCCUUGUAAAAACAAAGAUUUCGAUCAAAGAAGGAGUCACUCUUGGCAGUUUGUUAGAUACUGUUUGGAAAAUAAAGGAAAACACAUUCA